GGAAACCGUAGCUUGUUUUUCCACGUACUGUUCUAGGAUCAGCGAAAAAGGAGGAAAAAGUGAACGGUAGAGAGCAACACCAACAAGAAGACAGAGAUUGACGGGAGGCAGGAAAAUAGAGAAGCCCUGGGGAAAUUCCCAUUAAAUGUGGAAAAAAAAAGUGACAAGGAGAACCAAUCAAAUUUAGUAAAGAAGGGGGAGGGGCGAAGAAACCUGCCAAAGGAGGCGUGGCCAGGUGGGCAGAGAAAGGAGAGCAUUUGGAGGAGGGAAAAGGAUGGAACCCAAUACCUGCAAAGUGGCCGAGGGAGCAGGUGAGAACACGCCCAGAGCGCAGCACGAGCAGGUGAUGGGCCUGCCGCUGGGGGAGCCCCUGGCGCAGAUGGUGGAGGUGACGACGCACAAGGUGGUGGGUGAGGCCCCUGGGGACAGGCCAAAUGGGGAGCCCCACGAAGGCCCGAGCCAGGGGGCAGGGCAGGGGGUGGGGCAGGCCGCCUCUGGAGACCCCAUCCCCCGGAUUCCUUUCGCCGAGGUGGUCUCCCUCCUCGACCCCAACAUGAAAAGCACCAAGGCGCGCAAGUACCAGAUCCACUACGAGGAGGUCAAGCGGAGGCUGGACCCGCCCGAAAAGAUGUCACUGCGCUCGCUGGCAGCCUACACCCGGGUCAGCCGCGGCCCCGCCAGCAAGCGCGUCCUGCUGGAGUCGCUGCAGUCCUUCGGCCUCACGCCCAGCGCCAACACUGCCGUGUCCAGCUCCUUCUCCAAGCUGACAGAAGGAGACACUGCUGCCCUGUGCAGAGACAUGAGGGACUUUGCCUCUCAGUACAUGAAUUACGACUCCAUGGUCAAAACGCUGCUCCCGGACACCAACCAGGUUCAACACUGGUCAAAAAUAAUCGAGACAAGAAACCAUCUGGAGGAAAUGAGGAAGUGCUUUCACGACCCUGCGAACAGCAGGACAUUUGACAAUGCCACUCACGGCUUCGGGACGGGCAUGCUAGACGUGGCCUUCGACAUGAUCGAGAAGGUCAUAGACAAGCAAAUCAGGGUGCUCUCAGGGAACCCGGAGCCUGAGGAGUCCCAACAGGAGAAGCGGGUCCGGAAGCGCAAGGCCAGAACCAAGCCCGACGGGGAGGCUGCGGAAAAGACCAAGCCCCGCGCCCCCAAGACCCCCAAGGCGAAGGGUGAGAACAAAGCAAAAGCCGCCAACAAGAAACAGGCGCUCGUAGCCACGGAAACCCUGCCUCAGGACACGCCCACAGACAUCCAGAGCAGCGUGCUGACCCUCGUCUCGGUCGGUUAUGAGACCAUCUCCAGCGGGCUGUGACCAGACGAUAAGGUCGCAUGAACUCGAUGUGACUCGCAGGGACGUGGAUACUGAGCUGUACUGCAUACAGACAUUCAGUGGCAUU